CUUUCAGUGUUUUGUCACUUAGCGAUAUCCUUCUCGAUAACGCGUUUUUAACAAAAACAAAAAAAUGUGCGUGUCGGUAUUAGUUGAGAGUACACUUAUAUAGAGCAUUCUUUCUGUGUGUCUCUCUUAUUUGUUUAAAUUAAAGAUGACAUUUUUUUGCUGCGUCCGAACCAUUCAAAUUAUAGUUUUUGGUUUGUUCAUAGAUUCUGUCUUUAUGACAAUACACAUUCAGCAAAAUGGAUACCAAGGAAUUGUGGUUUCUAUUUCCGACAAGGUUCCGGAAGAUCAGCAUUUAUUAACUACAAUACAGAACUGGUUGACUGAAGCAUCACACAAAAUGUACAUUGCUACAAAGUAUCAUGUGUACUUAAAGGAGAUAACUAUUACCAUUCCGUCUACAUGGUCAAAUACUGGCGAUUACAGCUUUAUUAGUUCGUCUAUAGCCAAAAAUGCCCAUGUGAAAAUUGGAGAGUAUCCAGAUAAGAAAAAUCCAUUUGCAAGGACAUAUGGUAAAUGUGGUGUUGAAGGAAUUUUUAUUCAUUUUACGACUGAUGUGCUCAAUGCGGGAAACAGUGGUAAUUAUGGGAAUCUAGGCAUAGUAUUUACUCACGAAUGGGGACACUACAGAUGGGGCAUUUAUGAUGAAUACCCAACUGUAAUAGAAAAUGACCAGUUGGUGAAGUUUUAUCAAUACGAUGGAAAAUAUGAACCUGUAAGAUGCACAACAAAUAUGGAAGGUGAUAUAUAUGAUUUAAAAUACAAAGGAGAGUGUUCUGUUGAUAAAAAUGGUAAACCCGAUCAUAACUGCCACUUUAGACCCCAUAAUGACCAUAGAGCAACAUCUAAGGCAUCCAUUAUGGGCCAUGCAUAUGUAAAAACAAUGUCGAUGUUUUGUGAUGGGGAAAGUUCUGAUCCAACAACAUACCACAAUCAUUUGGCUCCAAAUAAACAGAAUUCAAGGUGUGCUGGCAGGAGUGCAUGGGAAAUAAUGCGGCAGCAUAACGACUUUAAAAACACUGUACCUAGAAGUGCAACAGCGAAUACUGUUCCAACUUUCCGUAUUUUGAAAGUGACACAACAACACAAAAUAUGCCUUGUAAUUGAUGUUUCAGGAAGUAUGAGGGAUCAAAUAAUAAACACAAGGGAUAGCAUGGCUUCACUCAUUAAGUAUGGACUCCCAAAUAACAGUUAUGUUGGUAUUGUAACGUUCAGUGAUACUGGAUCUUUGGUGAAAGGACUUACUUUAAUAUCAACCGAUGAUGACAGGUCUAAUCUCGUAUCAUACUUACCAACGACAGCAGAAGGGGCAACAUCGAUAGGCGCAGGUCUGCAAACAGCAUAUCAGGCACUGUCAAGCCCUGGCAAUGCAAAUGGUUCAAUUAUCUACUUAGCUACAGAUGGUGAAGAGAAUGAAGCCCCAUUAAUAGCGGAUGUGCAACCAACUUUGGUAUCGAAUGGAAUAACUAUUCAUAGCUUAGCAAUAAGUAAUGAUGCAGAUCCAAAAAUCCAAGACCUCGCCUCUGCAACUGGCGGAAAGAGUUACUUUUAUUCAGCAUCAACGGAUAAUUCAACAGCGCUUUUAGAUGCAUUGACUGAGCCGUUUAAGGAUUUAUCGAGUGAUGCUAUUAUACGGAUCAAAAGUGUUCAUGUUGACACAAAAGACCAAAAUGACGUUUUUGAAGAAAAGUUUUAUAUUGAUGGAACAGUAGGUCGUGAAACUGUAGUUCAGAUGAUUGCAGAGAACUUACGUAAUGUGAAUUUGACUGUUUCCCAUGAGGAAGACGUAUAUACAAUUAUAGGUGCUUCUUCAGAUGUAGGUGGUAUUGCCGUAAAGAUUCCUGGUAUCGCAGGGAUUGGUGAAUAUAUGGUAUGGAUUACAUCUAGCUUCAAUGGAGUGGUCGGAACGAUAAGUAUUCAAUCAAGGGCCAGGCAUAUUAAUGCAGGUGUUCUACAAACAGACGUAAUGACUGAAAAAUCCAACUUUAAUUUCACAUCAAACCUACAGUUUCCAUUAUAUGUAUCUGUACUUAGGGGAGCUAACCCAAUCAUCAGAGCCUCUGUUAUAGCUUACAUUGAAAAUCAAAAUGGGCAAUCAUCGUCUUUGCUGUUGAAGGAUAAUGCUGUUGGUGCAGAUGUUGAAGCUGGAGAUGGUAUUUAUUCUGGAUACAUUCUACCAAAUCUUAUCACAGCCGACGGUCGACAUAGUAUUAAAAUAGUUACAGAAGGAUAUGAUGCAGCUGUCGUUAUUUCUAAACCUGUAUCGACGGCUUUCUCAGAAGCCUAUGAAGAAGUGGAACUAAAAGAGGAGUCGAUUGGUCCAUUUAUGCGAGUUACUUUGGCAAAUGAAGUUGUUGUCUCCAACUAUGUCCAAUCUGACAGCGAUGUUGAUGUCAUCCCACCAUCUCCAAUACUGACGUUACAUCUCAGUAAAGUAGAUACUGAUAAUAACAUGUUCACAUUAGGAUGGACGGCAGUUGGUGAUGAUUUUGAUACUGGGACAGCAAUUGCAUAUGAUUUACGAAUUUCCGAAGACUUCACAAAAAUUACAACCAUUCCAGAUCAACAAGUAGUUUUACAUUCAGGACAGAUCCCAAACGAGGCCGGAAGUGGGGAGUCCUUCACUUUCAAACUAAACACCGUAGGCACAAAUUCAACCUACUUUGUAAUUGUAAGAGCUAUUGAUGAUUUUAAUAAUACCGGAGAUAUUUCGAACGUUGUUACUGUUUCGGUAAUCACUGAUCCAUAUUGGCUUAAACAAAAACCAAGUGUUUGGUCUUCUGGAUUUCGGAGUGCAUUUCUUGUUGGUAUAUCGGCAGGCGUGGCCUUCAUUUUGAUUAUUGUCCUGGUGUCCUGUGUUACUUUUGUUAGGAAAAGAAGAGGCGGCGGAAGCUCUAAUGGACCAGUAUAGUUUUUGAAAGUUUUAUCCAUCAGCUUAAAAAUAACACAAAUAAAUUAAGAAAUAUUCCGUUGAAACAGAAAACAUUACUAACGGCAAUUGCGAUUUCUUUUUUUCUCAUAUAAAAUAGAUAGAUUAGAUUAGUUAUUAAUGAGUUUUAAUAUAAAUCAAGGUUAUUUGUUUAAUUUUUGGUUUUUUUUUUUUUAUUAUUUUUAUAAUUAUUAUUAUUAUUAUUAUAAGAAUAUUUGUAGCCAAACUACGACUAAACAUUUAUCAAUAAAAAAGUCUAAAGUUCCAGAUCUAUGAUUUGUAAUUAAAUUGAUUCUUGACCAAGUAAAUUCGAAUGCAAUGCUUAGCUGAAGACUAGAACAAUAAUCUAUUACAUUCCAUGACAGUAUGCUGUCAAAUAUGUUCGUUUCAACAAUGCCUAACAGAUGAGUAAUGUUUACGAGUAUGAAAUUCGUAGUUAUGCUUUCCCCAAAUUUCAGCUAUUUGAAGGUUGAGUUGUUCUGUAUGACUCCGAUUUUUUGAAACGUAUUUACUGUAUACAUACCCUGACACUAUCGAGUACAAAAUUGCAUACUUUAUCUAUUCAUAUAAUCGACCUUAUGCAAGUGCAUAUAUACAUGUACAUGUAGUAGAUUUUGGAACAUUCAAAUACGCAAUAAAAGAUGAAUUGUGGUCUGUUUUGUAGAGUUCUUAUAACAACUCAACUUUCAAACAGUUACAGACUUUCCAUAGAGAUUUUGUCAACCUGGAAUAGAAUAACAAACAUAUUGAUAGUCAUUUGCAUAAUGUCGAUUUCUAUCCGAAGAAGCUCAUAUAUUAAUCUUAUCAAUGAAAUUUCAUUGAAAUAAUGAGCAUUUAUUUGUAAUAUCUACAUGUUUUGUUGUGAGAAAAACAUAAACCAAUCAUGAAUAUUUGUGAACGCAGGUGAAUUCCUGAUUUGAUGACGUAUACCAGUCAAAGUUUAAAGGCUACGGAACCAUCAGUAGUUAUGUCACAUGAUCAAUCGAUCAAUCAUUGGCUUUUAGUAUUUAGAUAAAUGAUAAAGUUGAACUAUUAUGGUUUACAUAGGAAUAAUAUAUGAACUUGAAUGUAGUUUUUGUGUAAAUAUAUUCUUAUAUAGAAUAUAUAAUAUAUAUAGAUUAUACAACGCAUCAAGUGUGGUACGAUAUUUCUCCACUCAAAACAAUUAAAGGAGUAGGCCCGGUAAGACCCCUUUUUGGCCCCAAAAUAUAGCAUUUUUACCAAUAUGUUAAAAUGUAAACUUUUAGCUAUUUAUUGGAAAGAAGAAUACUUCUGUUCCAUAAAUAUGGGCUGUUUUUUUACAAUACAAUGCACAUGCAGCAAGUAAUAGCAUCAUUCAUCCAUUAUUACUGAAAUUUUCACAAUUUUAGCAUUUGUGCUAAUUUUAAGACGGUUUUUGUCUAAAAUGGAAGUGGCCGCAUUUGUGUUCAGUCUUAAUAUUUAAACAUAUGUUGUAUUUGAUGAUAAUACAUAACAUAUAUAAAGGUUGAGACUGAACACGAAUGCGGCCACUUCCAUUUUAGACAAAAACCAUCUGAAAAAUGACGUUUUAUGGCAUUUUUGAUAGAUUUUGCAAAUUAAAGCGUGAAUUUGAGCUUCUCUAAUGACCAAAUCAGUUCAAAUCCUUUACAUAAACUAAUUGAAUCGACUGAAGUAGACACUUACCGGACCUUCUCCUUUUCAAAUUUUAACAUGAGGCUUGUCGAGCGAUUAAAAUUUAACUGUCGUUAGUGGAGAAAUAUCGUAUUGCACGAGCUUCGGUUGUGGAAACUUUUUCUCUUACGACUUUGAGACGAUAUAAAGGUGAACUUUAUCUUUAAUAUUCAAUAAUCAUGAAUAUUCAAUAAUCUGUAAUAUUCAAUAAUCUUUAAAAAAAAAAACGUGACUGGUAAAAUCUGAGGAAGGCAAGAAAAUCUGACGUCAUAAUUGAAUUCCGACCAAUGAACAACUGAGAUAAAACGUACAAUAUACUAAAUACACGGAGUCCGAUGCACAAUUUGCUUAUUAUAUUAUUGUAUAGAAGAAAUGGUUGAUAACUAUUAAAAAAUAAUUUCUUAUAAACGCAUAUAUAAAACAGCAAUAAAGUGUUGUCUUUUCCUUA